CCGAGAAGCCUUUGGAACGGCUACUUAACGCUGGUCCCCCGACCGGCCGCACUCCGAGAAGAGGCGUUGAGUGUGUGGGGGGCGUCGAAGGGCGCUGGCGCGGCCCUCGAGUCGAGCAAAGAGCCAUAGAGUGGUGUGAGGAAGUUCUUUCAGAACCUUCCUCUGUCCAGGGCAGCGCUCUGAACCAGGCGCUGCGUUCAUAUUAGGAGGCGACCCCCGGGUCGCGGGAUGGAAGCGCGCAUCCGCGCGGCUGUGUAACUGAAGCAGCGGGUCGACAGCGCGGCGGGCACCCCGGCCCAACUCGUGGAUAUUGACCGCCCCCUCGGAGAGUCCCCGCAGAUAUGGCUGAGAGCUGGCUGCGCCUCUCGGGAGCCGGGCCGGCAGAGGAGACCGGGCUGGAGGGCGAUCUGGAGGAGUCCAACGCCCUGGAUGACAGCCUGACCAGCCUGGAGUGGCUGCAGGAGUUUUCCAUUCUCAAUGCCAAGGCCCCCACCCUGCCCCCGGAGGGGUCUGACCCCCAUGACUACCACCAGGUGCCAGGUUCCGAGGCGCCUGGGUCCCCCCUGGCGGCAGACCUCGCCUGCCUGGGGCAACCGCACACACCUGGCAAGCCCACCUCGUCCUGCACGUCGCGGAGCGCGCCCCCGGGGCUGCAAGCCCCGCCCCCAGACGACGUAGACUACGCCACCAACCCGCAUGUGAAGCCGCCCUACUCGUAUGCCACGCUUAUCUGCAUGGCCAUGCAGGCCAGCAAGGCCACCAAGAUCACCCUGUCGGCCAUCUACAAGUGGAUCACGGACAACUUCUGCUACUUCCGCCACGCUGAUCCCACCUGGCAGAAUUCCAUCCGCCACAACCUGUCCCUGAACAAGUGCUUCAUCAAAGUGCCUCGGGAAAAGGAUGAACCAGGCAAGGGGGGCUUCUGGCGCAUUGACCCCCAGUAUGCAGAGCGGUUGCUGAGUGGGGCCUUCAAGAAGCGGCGACUGCCCCAGGUCCACAUCCACCCCGCCUUUGCCCGCCAGGCUGCACAGGAGCCCAGGGCCACCGCCUUGGCCAGGCCCCUGGCCGUGAACACUGAGGCCCAACAGCUGCUGAGGGAGUUUGAAGAGGUCACAGGGGAGGCAGGUUGGGGCACAGGCGAGAGCAGGCUGGGGCGCAAGCGCAAGCAGUCCCUGCCAAAUCAGGUGGCCAAGGUCCCUCGGGUCUCUAGCAUGCUGCUGCUGACCCAGGAGGAGCAGGGCGAGCUGGAACCCCUCAAAGGCAACUUUGACUGGGAGGGCAUCUUCGAGGCCAGCACUCUGGGCGGGGAGCUGAGCACACUGGAGGCCCUGGAGCUGAGCCCGCCACUGAGCCCUGCCUCCCAUGGAGACGUGGACCUCACUGUCCACGGCCGCCACAUCGACUGCCCUGCUACCUGGGGGCCUCCAGUGGAGCAAGCCACCGCUGACACCCUGGACUUCGAUGAGACCUUCCUGGCCACAUCCUUCCUGCAACACCCCUGGGACGAGAGUGACAGUAGCUGCCUGCCCCCAGAGCCCCUCUUUGAAGCAGGGGAUGCUUCCCUGGCCGCUGACCUGCAGGACUGGGCCAGCCUGGGUGCCUUCUUGUAAGAGACCAGGCCUUGCCCUGCCUCUGGACAGUGCCCAAGUCAGGGCCCAGAACUCCCUUCCAACACUGGCCCACAGACACCUCGCUGCCCAGGCAGGGGCUUGCCCAAGUUUCCCAAGGCUGGCUCCACAAAGCCACAGCGCUGCCACCCCAGGUUCUCCUCAGAUUCAAGCCCAGGAGGCUGAGAACUGGGAGCCAAGGACUAGAAUUGCUGCCUCCCCCAGUCAGCCCCUACACACACAGUGUUUCAAUGACCCGCAUUCCUCCACUCCAGGGACAUGCCAACAGGCCCUGCACCGUGAGCACUGAGGCCUGUAAGGGUCCAGGCCACGCUGGGAGCAACAGAACAGGCCCUCCCAGUGCACCUCCCUCUGCUCUGCCCCCUCUCCCACUCCAUCCUGCUUCCCCAGGUCUCUAUCCAGAGAAAGUUCCCAGGUACAACAAAUGCUAAUUAGGUGACAGUAAAUUAACCCCCUGGAGGCUUCUCCUGGCAGAGCCUCCCUAAGGGCCAGGUGGCGCUGGCUGGGGCAGAGCUGGCAGAGGACUGACUGGGGGAGGGGUGCACGGAGGAGGCCGAAGGGACGUGGGGGUGCAAGGUGGGGCCCAGAGAUGUUCUGCAGGGCCUCUGGGGCCUUUGCCUGCCUGGCCCCAUCUAUAGGGGAAAGAAAGUCAAGGCUGUAAAUCCCUAAUCUGGAGCCGGAUUUGACGCUGAGAGCAGCUGGAAGCUGGGGGGGGGGGGAGACAGACUAAUGUAGUGAGUGUAGUUCUAGGUAAGGCCUAACUGUGCGGGACCAAGCUUGCUGGAACCACUGGGACCAGGGAGGGGGCAGCCCCAGUCCUUGCCUGUACUGGGGGAUGGGGUCUUGUACCAUCCUGACCCCCAGGGCCACCUCCCAUCUUCACCCUCUCCAUAGGGCAAUUUAACCUUUUUCAUUGAAAGUUAUUUACA